CAGGUGCUGAAUGUUGAAUGGAAGGUGUGUAGGCGGUCUGAGCUAUCUGAGAAAAACAGUUUGUGUUUCUGUAAACUGUGAUAUCAUAGCACCACAGAAUAGGUGUGUUUAUGGUCGUUCUGCAGGAGCGUGGGAGUGGGAGCACCUUCAGGAGGCCCUGGAAGAGAAGCUGAAGAACCUGCUGGCCGUGGCUCAGCUCAUGGAACGCAUAAGAUCUCUCAUUGGCAGAGACAGGGGUGCACGGGAUACCCCAAGUGCGCGAGCGGCUCAGCUCGGUCCUCAGACCCUCGUCAACCUCUUCAAUUCUCCUCUUUAUUCUGAUGUGAUCUUCAUGGUGCAAGGGAGCGUGUUGCCAGCUCAUCGAGCCGUGCUGGUGGCGCGCUGUGACGUCAUGGCGGCCAUGUUCAGCGGGAAGUAUGCAGAGGCCAGGAGCAGAGUUGUGCCAAUCCAUGGUGUGUCCUCAGAUACUUUCCUGUCCUUUCUGGAAUACCUCUACACUGACUCCUGCUGUCCUGCCAGUGUGCUGCAGGCCAUGGCUGUGCUGGUCUGCGCUGAGAUGUACCAGGUGAAACGACUGCAGCACUUGUGUGAGGUCUGUGUGUGCGCCUACCUGCAGAGCAUGCCCAGUCGCGAGCUGGCAUCCACGGGCAUCAGUGUGGUUCGAUUACUCCGCCGAGCUAAGUGCCAUAAUGCAGAACAGCUGUACAUGUGGUUGCUCCACUUUAUCGCAAACAACUACCUGAUCUUCAGUCACAAACCGGACUUCCUGGAACUUUCAGAAGAGGAGCGGGAGCAGGUGGAGAGGCUCCGCUGGCCGUCCAGGGGCUAUCUGCAGGAGCUCAGCGAGUACCAACAGCGUCGCCGCAAACUACGCAAGUCCCGCUGCAUAGUCAUGUGACAGCGACUGGAAGUGGAACCCUGCAAAGACACAGGGGGGGGACAGAAGGAAAUAAGAGAGGAAAGGAUGUCAAAGGAUGUGCACAUCAGGAAAGGAACUUCUCUUAUAAGCCGUCCUGAUGGUCAAAAACCAGAUUCAGAGGGACAGCGUUGCAGAGGACAUCAUCAACGCCACAACCAGCGGUACAGCAUCGUUUAGCAGGAUGGAGGCUCAGAGGACAAUGCCAGGCUUAAACUCGCACACGCAAAAUUCACUUCAGAUGAACACACCGAGUGCAGAUACAACAACAACCCACAACUGUGUGAGAAAACUGCAUCCCUGCAGGAUGUUUCAGGCCUGAACUAACGGGAACAGUCAGUUCAGGGUGACAAAGCAGUGACGCUGAAUGAAAACGUGUCGUCUUCUCUACUCGACACAGGACGGCGACAUCUUUAAUUCAACAUUAACCAAUGAUGCACCUGUGACCGAUUUCCAAAAUGUGAACUUGUCCACAAGCAGUUUUUAUUUUUAUUUAAGAUGGAAUAAAUACGAACUGAUUAGUAUUUCAGCCAAAUGGAUAAAGUGGAAUGAGUGGGAGGACAGUCAUGCUCAUUCUGAUCUUUAAUCAAACACACAAAAAUUUAAAAAGGGGGAAAAAAAAAAGUCACUUGAGCAUACGAACGGGACCAAUUCAAUUUAGUUUAUUUUGCAGUUAGAUUGUUUCAGUAACAGGAGAGCGUCUCAGAGCCCAGGCUGAUUUAUUUUAAUCUGAGAUGGAAUGCCUUUUGCUCAUGUCUGUCAAAGAGAAUAUUUCAAAUUUUAAAUCAGAAAUGGCUUGAAAUUUAUGUGUCACAGUAAAUUAUGCAUAAAUUUGACAUUUUAUAGACAUAAACUGAAUGUACUUUGAAACUGACUGAGCUGGGCUUUGAACCAUUUUCUUUACAGGUUGAUAUGAAAUAAUGCUGAAAUUAUUCAGUUUGCAAUAAUAUAUUGUUUAAUAUUUUAUUUUUUGCCAAAAUGACAUACUGUACAGGCGAAAACCUUCAGUACAUGAUGCAAAGAUUUAUGGAGAACCACAUCAUGAACAGCUGGUACAUUAAAAAAAACACUGCCUCUGGUUGGACAAACGAUAUUUAUUUUUAUUUUAUGUUAAGGUAUUUUUUUAAACCAUGAUGGUUUUUGUUUUGGUGCUGUAAUUAUUUUUGUAAAUUUUUGGUGUAUGUGGCUAUUAAAAAAAUACUCUUGUUGGGCCAAAUAAUUCAUUUUGUGAUAUUAAGCCUUCACAAAAUGAUUCCAAAAGCAGACUAAUAAUAAACAUAUCGCAGCUAUUUUUUACUCUCCAACUCAAGAAAACUCAUACCAUACCAAGUGCAUAUGCAUUUUUAUUGAAUCCCUGCAGUACUUUGCAUGUACUGCAGCAGUAGACUGUCUGCACAGUAGAGACACGUUUUGGUUGUAGCACUCCAUGUAUUUUUAACCAGCGAGCCGCUGCAUUG